UCGAAAAUUAUAAUAAUCCACAUUAUAUAGUUAGUAGAAGUAUCUUAACUCUGAAGAACGAUGAUGUCGAAAGAAUAUCCAAUUUGAUGAUAGACCAGUUUUCUGGUGAGAUUCAUGUAUACCCUAUUGCUGAUUCAACAGAUACUACAGAAGACAAUAUUACUAAACAAUCUCAAUUAUAUGCACCUGAGUUUCUAAAAUCCUUAAAAAUUUCUGUGAUUCUUUCUGGUGAAUUGAAGCUAAAA